UGUAUUGAUAUCCCUCGCUUUUGUGCACCCAAGAUGACCAUGAAAUCGAUUUAAAGCGAUGAUGCAUCAUUCUAUCCCUUUGCUAGCAUUAAUGAAUGAAAACGUUCCUAUAAAGGCUUGAAUGACAGAAUACAGAAUGACAAAAACCCAAUCUAAGUAGGUCGCAGGCCUCUUAUUAUUAUCCUUUGAUAUUAUUCUCCAAAGUUCCAACAAUACGGAGAUAGCGGUUUUACAAAAAUAUACAAAUCGAUGGCAAACAUUACAUGUUUUUGGACGAAUUUGUGCUUGCAUCUUCAAUCCGAAUUGGUAAUUACACGCAUCAAUUUUUAUCAAAGACCUAAAUCAAUUCCAAGGCAAUGCGAAUUAUUUGUUCAAAAAUAUUAGAGAAAAAUAUUUUUCAAAUGCUUGGAGCAUUGAGCCAAAUUCUCUUUAGCUUAAAAGAAAGCUUGAAAGUCAUAAAUAUAAAAGAGUGUCAGUCGGAAGGAGCCUCGUGUGUGUUUUUUUUCCCUCAAGUAUUUUUUUUUUUUUAAUUACCAGAAACCAAACAAUCACUACCCUGGCUACUAUAAGUGGCAGGAUUUGCGCGAUUGACCAUUGACACUAUUUGAUCUUGCAUCCAGUCAGAUCUAUGAAAGUUCUUCAAGGAGUCAUUCAUUUAAUAAAAUUCAUUUUUUUAAAACUAUAUAUAUAUAUACCUUACCCAUGAAUAUAUAUUAUUUAACAAAGUGACUUUAGUAACGAAGUAUCUGGCUGAUAAUUCGUUUGAUAACGUCUUCUGUCAGAGCCUUUGCCGAGGGGACAUUACCUUGCACUUCGCUUUUUAGAAAAAGGCACAAGCGAUUAAAAAGUUAUUUCAAGAACUGAUUAAGGUUUUAUUUGAUUCUUGCUCUAUUUGAAAGUGAAAAUAUUAGCACACGAUGUUUACUACUUUGUUUAUAAUCCGUUUGAUCGUCGGGUGUUUAGCUGCUGCCGUCGGUAUUCCUGGCAACAUAACAAUCAUCGCCGUCUUCACAAGGCAAGGUAUUAAGAAUGCUACGGACGUCACUUUCAUCGCCCUUGCCGUUGUCGAUCUCAUUGCCUGUAUCAUCAACGGCACGAAGAUCCCUAUUGCAUUUUUUCACGAUGAGGAUCCUUGGGCGUGUUAUAUUGAAGUGAUUGGAGCGAGGUCACCUCUCUACGCUGGACUGUUUCUGACGAUCUGGAUUGCGUUUUAUCGCUACCAAGCGGUGUGUAAGCCAUUUGAUAGACGAAUCGGACGACGAGCUGCCAUCUUGGUCUCCAUUGGUUGCGCCAUCAUCGCCUUCGGUAUCCAUGUCCCGUUCUUUUUCAUCACAAAAUCUCAGAAACGUCGAGGGCAGUAUGGUUGCAAUGUCUAUGGUAACGUUUCUUGGGGACGUGACGUAUACGCCAAGUUCCAAGCCAUUAUAUUCUGCAUUUCUGCCUUGAUUAUAACAGCUUUAUAUCUUCGUAUUUACAAGUUUAUUCGCGCUCACCAGAUCAUUCGUCAAAAAAUGACCAACGGAUCUGCCUUUCAUAAUCAAGCACAAGCUGUAAAAAUGGAUUCCAAAGCUGGGUCUGUCCCUUCAGUAAGUGCCGACAUAUCAACAUCAGAGGUUACCAUCUCAGUUGUAGCAGAACCUGUUGGAACCUGCAAAUCUUUGGCAGACAUUGAGUCAGGUAAAACGAAAAAAGCGAUCAACCAACUACUAACCAAUAAUAAGACAAAACCACCAUCAAAGAAGCCUCAGAACCAGCAGUCCGACCAUAAGACCACUCAGGUAGUCAUCAUUAUCACCGUCAUAUUCUAUCUUCUCUGGCUGCCGAACAUAGUGAUUGAUCAAAUUCCUAAUGAUCAAAUCACUCGUAUUCUCCUGGCCAGGGACAACGGAUCUUUAAUCUUUUACUUCACCCUUCAAAUCAAGUACAUCAGUCAUAUCACUAAUGUGUUCAUUUAUUUAUUGGCAUAUCGACGAUUCAGGCAGACAUGCUGUCGUGCAAAUUAGUAGUUAUAUACAUCUCCCUGGUGAGAACAAUUUAAUAACAAUCCGACAAUUAUCAUUAAAGUCAAAUGCUGGUAUAG